UGGCAGAAAGUCCUGGAGCAGAAGGAGGAUUUGAAGCCGGCCCGUGCUGCCUCUACGGAGCAACAGCCGCUCUUGCCUUGCUCAGGAUUAGGUAGCGUUACUCUGGUGUCCUGGGUGGAUACGGACGUUCACAUGGAAUAGCCAUCAUUUCUCAGGGAAUGCAGGAUGCCCAGGGCAAAAGAGGGACUGAACUAUUAUUGUAGUCUCCCGUAGAAUUUCCUAGCCUUCUUCCUCUGAAUGACAUCAAGGAAUACCUGUAAUGGGAAGCAGUCUCUGCCCCCACAGCUUGCAGUUCCAUUAAAUGAGGCCAAGGAUGAAGGGACGUCCUUGGUAAAAUGAAGUGACUUGCUCAGAAGCAGGAGUGAAACUGCACUGUCAGACUCCGCACAGCUGUGCUGGCAAGUGUUCCUGCCUGGGAGGAGUGAGUGAAUAGGGACAUCUCUGGUUCUGAGUCUGCUUCUCCGUGUGGCACCUUGGAGUUUCUAGCUGGCACCAUUACCUCCAACGAGUGGAGUUCUCCCACCUCCCCUGAGGGGAGCAACGACUCAGGGGGCAGCGAGGCCUUGGACAAACCCAUUGACAAUGACGCUGAGGGUGUGUGGAGUCCGGACAUUGAGCAGAGCUUCCAGGAAGCGCUAGCCAUCUACCCACCAUGUGGACGGCGGAAGAUUAUCUUGUCAGACGAAGGCAAGAUGUACGGCCGAAAUGAGCUGAUUGCCCGCUAUAUUAAGCUGAGAACAGGGAAAACACGCACAAGGAAACAGGUAUCUAGUCACAUCCAGGUCCUGGCAAGGCGGAAAGCUAGAGAGAUCCAAGCUAAGCUCAAGGGAACGAAGGUGUCUCAGGGAGCUCCGUGGAACCAUUGGUUGUUCUCCUUUUACACCACCCCAGGCCAUGCUGUGAGCUCUGCCCUGCUGCCUGCAGUGAACCAUUCCCCAGUACCAGACUGUUCCUUUCUGCCUGCAGAGGACCAGGCAGCUAAGGAUAAAGCCAUGCAGAGUAUGGCUACAAUGUCAUCUGCCCAGAUUAUCUCUGCAACUGCCUUCCAUAGUAAAAUGGCCUUGCCUGGUCUCCCACGACCAGCCUACCCUGCAGUUUCUGGGUUUUGGCAAGGAGCUUUGCAAGGUCAAGCUGGAUCUUCCAAAGACGUGAAACCUUUUUCUCAACAACCUUAUGCUGUACAGCCUCCGCUGCCAUUAGCAGGGUUUGAGUCUCCUACUGGCCUCUCAUCUUCCCCAUCAGCACCAGCUUGGCAAGGACGAAGGGUUGCUAGCUCCAAACUUUGGAUGUUAGAAUUCUCUGCGUUCUUGGAACAACAACAAGACCAAGACACAUAUAACAAACACCUGUUUGUGCACAUUGGGCAGUCAAGCCCCAGCUACAAUGACCCCUACCUCGAGGCAGUGGAUAUCCGGCAGAUCUAUGACAAGUUCCCUGAGAAAAAAGGGGGCCUGAAGGAACUCUUUGAAAGGGGUCCAGCUAAUGCCUUCUUCCUUGUCAAAUUCUGGGCUGAUUUGAACACCAAUAUUGAAGAUGAAUCCAGAUCUUUCUAUGGUGUUUCCAGCCAGUAUGAGAGCCCAGAAAACAUGGUCAUUACCUGUUCCACCAAAGUGUGUUCCUUUGGAAAGCAGGUGGUCGAGAAAGUGGAGACAGAGUAUGCACGCUAUGAAAAUGGACACUAUUCCUAUCGCAUUCACCGUUCCCCUCUCUGCGAAUACAUGAUAAACUUCAUUCAUAAACUCAAGCACCUUCCUGAGAAGUAUAUGAUGAACAGUGUGCUGGAGAACUUUACUAUCUUACAGAGAGACAUGUCAUAUGGGUGCUGGCACAGCCUUUUAUGCAUUGCAUUGCAGUCUUGCUCCCUGAGCAGCAGGCUGAACAUUUUCUACCCCCCACUCCCCACUCUGGAGCUGAAAAAUGGUCAUGCUUAAUGCAAAACAUGCUGCCAGUCCUCAGUCCUACCAAAUUCUGAGGUUGUGACAAACAGGGACACACAGGAGACCUUGCUGUGCAUAGCAUACGUUUUUGAGGUGUCAACUAGUGACCAUGGCGCCCAGCAUCACAUCUACCGGCUGGUGAAGGACUAGAGACUCUCUGCCCUGAGUUGUCUAUGGGAUGCAUGUCUAAGAAAAAAGCCCGUGUUUGAACAACCCCUGCCCCCUCAUACCAAACUGAAAAAUAAACCGCAGAUAUUGUGUAUUUUCAGAAAA